GGCAUUGUCAAUAUUAUAGAGGGCACACCCCUACCACAAAGUAAAAAAACCGAAUUGGAAAACGAAAUGAAUGAUAUUGUUGACGUCAACAUUGAUGGCUUCCGCGUAUUGCACCAAGAAAAGGAAGACAAUCAAAUCAAAGAACUAGAAACCAAUGUUCAUGAUAAUAUCAUACAGGGAAUCGACAAGACCCUACAGAAAAUACCACUCCCUCCAUCGAAGAAGAAACAAGUUAUGAAAGGUCUACAGGACACUGCAGAAAAUAUUCUAAAACAACCCAUUACAGACGACCUUAGAGAACUCAUGAUAGAAGGUUUCCACAAAGCAAUUGACGAAAUGCCACUAACGCAAGACGAAAAGAAUACUUUGAAAUCUGAACUGAGUGACAUGGUUGUCAAAAAUAUUGAAUCUUAUGAAACUCAGAAGGCUGCGGUCAAAGCUUCGGCUCCACUUUCGAAGAAAGACGACAUCAGAAGGUUUAGCUACAGACCAAUCGAAGUCGAUGAGAACGAAGUAAAAAGCAAAAUUUUACAGGACAUCGAUAGAAAGAUUGAACGAUCUUUAACACCACAUGAGAAUCGAGCAGAAAUUCAACAAGAAAUAAAAAACAUGGCCACAAAAACAUUUGAAAAUCAGCUUAAUGAUGAAGUCGUAGACGCCGUCAAGGAUGGUAUAGUAAACAUCAUCGACAACACUUCUUUAACAGCGCAGAAGAAGAACGAAAUAAAGCACGAAUUAGCCGAAGUAGUUGACGAGCAUAUAGACGUCUUAGUAGGUAGUGUGAAAGAUAAAGAACAAAAUCAAAUCAAGGAACUGGAAACAAACGUCCAUGACAACAUAAUGCAGGGUAUUGAAACAACCGUACAAAAAGCACCACUGUCUACUGCUAAGAAAAACCAAGUGAUGAAAGGCUUACAUCAAACAGCAAACAAGGUUAUGAAACAACCAUUGACUAGUGAUUUCAAAGAAGACAUGGUAAAAGGCUUCAAUGAAACCCUCGAUGGAAUGCCGUUGGACCAAAACAUUAAAAGCAAUCUCAAAUCAGAAUUGACCGAUAUGGUCAGCGAAAACGUUGACUCCUAUGAGACCAAAAAGGAGGCUAUCAAAGCUAAGUCGCCCUUUAAGAAUGAUAGACGAUGCAGCUUUAUGCCAACAAAAGAAGUGGAUGAGAAUGAGACAAAGAACAACAUAUUACUAGGUAUGGAUAAGAAAGUUGAUGAAACACUACUACCUGAUGAAAAUAAGACUGAAAUAAAAAAUGAACUGAGACAGAUGGCUACAGAAGUAUUUCAGGCCCCACUUACAACAGAUGCAGCAGACGCCGUCAAAAACUACAUAGCUAGCAUAGUCUAUGACAGCAAUCUGCCAGAAGAGACAAAACCCAAACUGAUAGACGAACUAACCGACGUGGUUGACGAAAACAUGGAAAAACUGCGUGCCAGUGACCGCGCGAAAGGUACGCGAGAAGAUGGUAAUAAAUACGGGCAAACUAAAAGAAAAAGUGUUUCCAAAACAAUGCCUCCAGGACAAGUGACAAAGAAAAUCAGAGAGCCAGUAUUGCCUGAAAUAAAAGUUGACACGUCUUUGAUGGAGGAACUCGAAGAUGUAUUCGAUAAGCAGGAAUUAGAUCCCAAUCUCAUAACAGGACUACAAGGAGAUGUCAUAAAAACGCUUGAAGAUCUUGUAGUCAGGUCGGACGGUAACGACGAAGAAGCGAAAUCCGCAGUUAUAAAUAAAAUUAUGCAAACCACAAAUCUGUCUGAACAACAGGCCGAUGAGUUAGCCACUGCGCUCAUCGGUAGAGCAAAAGAAAUGAAACUUUUGGCUAAGACAAGCGAUUCUGAAGAAUACGACAGAGAAACUUUUGAAAAGUCAUCAAAAGCACCGAAUGGCAGAAUAGCAGAUUUGUCUGACAAAGAGUUUAUGGAUAGCCCUGAGUCAUUAUUGGUGAGCGAUGAGAAUGUUUAUUUAAUUGAUGGUGUUCCAUUCGACGCUGGUGACCAAGAGACAGUCGACGUUUACGGGAUAAAAACUAAAGGCUUACCAGUAUACAAACAACCAGCCCCAAGUGAAGGCGCUACAUUACCAACUAAAGGAAACAUUGAUGAUUUCCGUGCAAAUAUCAGAGACGAAGAAACUAAACAAAUCGAUGAAUUGGAAACAAAAUUGCACGAUGAUUUAAUACAGGGAAUCGAGAAUAGUGUGCAAAAGACUCAGCUGCCGUCUACGAAAAAGAAACAAGUGAUGAAACGUUUGCAGGAAACAACUGACAAUAUUUUGCAACAUCCGUUCAACGAUAACAUUCGAGAAGACAUUAUCGAUGGCUUCAACAAAGCCCUUGACGACAUCCCAAUUAACAAAGAUGUAAAAAAUAACUUGAAAUCAGAAUUGAGUCAGCUCAUUGAUCAUGCUGUUGAUUCCUACGAAUCUGAUAAAGAAGCUAUUAAAUCUUCGAUACCGUAUAAACAACAAGAAAAAGCUAUGUAUAACUACAGACCAAAAAAGGCUGAUAGUGAAGCCGAAGUCAAAAACAACAUAUUGCAGGAUGUGGAUCUAAAAAUUCAACAGUCGUUAUUACCCGAGGAGAACAGAGCCGAUGUGCAAAAACAGUUUUGGAACAUGGCAACAAAGGAAUUCAAUAAACCACUAAACGACAAUGUAGUUUCCGCCGUCAAAGACGGCAUUGUCAAUAUUAUAGAGGGCACACCCCUACCACAAAGUAAAAAAACCGAAUUGGAAAACGAAAUGAAUGAUAUUGUUGACGUCAACAUUGAUGGCUUCCGCGUAUUGCACCAAGAAAAGGAAGACAAUCAAAUCAAAGAACUAGAAACCAAUGUUCAUGAUAAUAUCAUACAGGGAAUCGACAAGACCCUACAGAAAAUACCACUCCCUCCAUCGAAGAAGAAACAGGUUAUGAAAGGUCUACAGGACACUGCAGAAAAUAUUCUAAAACAACCCAUUACAGACGACCUUAGAGAACUCAUGAUAGAAGGUUUCCACAAAGCAAUUGACGAAAUGCCACUAACGCAAGACGAAAAGAAUACUCUGAAAUCUGAACUGAGUGACAUGGUUGUCAAAAACAUUGAAUCUUAUGAAACUCAGAAGGCUGCGGUCAAAGCUUCGGCUCCACUUUCGAAGAAAGACGACAUCAGAAGGUUUAGCUACAGACCAAUUGAAGUCGAUGAGAACGAAGUAAAAAGCAAAAUUUUACAGGACAUCGAUAGAAAGAUUGAACGAUCUUUAACACCACAUGAGAAUCGAGCAGAAAUUCAACAAGAAAUAAGAAACAUGGCCACAAAAAAAUUUGAAAAUCAGCUUAAUGAUGAAGUCGUAGACGCCGUCAAGGAUGGUAUAGUAAACAUCAUCGACAACACUUCUUUAACAGCGCAGAAGAAGAACGAAAUAAAGCACGAAUUAGCCGAAGUAGUUGACGAGCAUAUAGACGUCUUAGUAGGUAGUGUGAAAGAUAAAGAACAAAAUCAAAUCAAGGAACUGGAAACAAACGUCCAUGACAACAUAAUGCAGGGUAUUGAAACAACCGUACAAAAAGCACCACUGUCUACUGCUAAGAAAAACCAAGUGAUGAAAGGCUUACAUCAAACAGCAAACGAGGUUAUGAAACAACCAUUGACUAGUGAUUUCAAAGAAGACAUGGUAAAAGGCUUCAAUGAAACCCUCGAUGGAAUGCCGUUGGACCAAAACAUUAAAAGCAAUCUCAAAUCAGAAUUGACCGAUAUGGUCAGCGAAAACGUUGACUCCUAUGAGACCAAAAAGGAGGCUAUCAAAGCUAAGUCGCCCUUUAAGAAUGAUAGACGAUGCAGCUUUAUGCCAACAAAAGAAGUGGAUGAGAAUGAGACAAAGAACAACAUAUUACUAGGUAUGGAUAAGAAAGUUGAUGAAACACUACUACCUGAUGAAAAUAAGACUGAAAUAAAAAAUGAACUGAGACAGAUGGCUACAGAAGUAUUUCAGGCCCCACUUACAACAGAUACAGCGGACGCCGUCAAAAACUACAUAGCUAGCAUAGUCUAUGACAGCAAUCUGCCAGAAGAGACAAAACCCAAACUGAUAGACGAACUAACCGACGUGGUUGACGAAAACAUGGAAAAACUGCGUGCUAGUGACCGCGCGAAAGGUACGCGAGAUGAUGGUAACAAAUACGGGCAGACUAAACGAAAAAGUGUCUCGCAGUCAAAGCCUCCAAGACAAGUGAAAAAAAAACAAAGAGAGUCAGUGUUACCUCAAAUACAAAUUGACACAUCUUUGAUGGAGGAACUCGAAGAUGUGUUCGAUAAGCAGGAAUUAGAUCCCAACCUCAUAACAGGACUACAAGGGGAUGUCAUAAAAACGCUUGAAGAUCUUGUAGUCAGGUCGGACGGUAACGACGAAGAAGCGAAAUCCGCAGUUAUAAGUAAAAUUAUGCAAACCACAAAUUUGACCGAGCAACAGGCCGAUGAGUUAGCCACUGCACUCAUCGGUAGGGCAAAAGAAAUGAAACUUUUGGCUAAAACAAGCGAUUCUGAAGAAUACGACAGAGAAAUUUUGGAAAAGUCAGCAAAAGCAUCGAAAGGCAGAAUAACAGAUUUAUCUGACAAGGAGUUUAUGGAUAGUCCUGAGUCCUUGAUGGUUAGGGACGAGAAUGUCUAUUUGAUUGAUGGUAUCCCGUAUGAUGCUGGUGAUCAAGAGACAGUCGAUGUUUACGAGAUAAAAACUAAGGGUUUACCAGAAAACAAAAAACCGGCAACAAUUCUUAAAAGCCAAUUAAAGGAGGCUAUGUCAACAACAAUAGGUGAAGUUAUUGACAAAUCUCCCAUACCAACAGAAGAGAAAAGUACUUUAAAAACACAUUUAACUGAUCAGUUGGACGUUCGUUUAGAAAAAUCACCGAUAACAAAGAAAAAACAUAUAAAUGAAGUAAAAGAUGCAAUCAUACGUGAUACCAGGAACAUUAUUGAUGAGUCACCAAUAUCGCCUGAAAACAAAGACUUAAUCAAAGCAAAACUUAUUGAUUUAUUUAACAAAGACGUGGCUACAAUAUCCGAGAAAUGGAAUGAUGUAGAUUUUAUAGAACAUCAAGGACAAAAAGCUGCAAUAGCAAAACUAACUAGCAAAGAAAAUGCAGAUAUCGUUACAAAUUGUAUUAAAACUUGGAUGGGUGGCAUUCCAGUUACUUUGAACGAGAACGUAAAAGAUCCCUUUAUAAAAGCUCUUGCUGCUGAUAUAAUAGACAGACAGAAAUAUUUGCAAAUAAAUCCUAUUGCACAAUCAUCGCCACCGGAGGAACUGGAACAUUUGAAGUAUCAAAUUUAUAAACCUUUAUGUAAGACUGUGAACCCGAACGCUCUCGUACAGUUUUUGAAGAGUGCAAAUAAACUAUUGAAAUUGUUAAAGGCAUCGGACAUUCUGAAGCAACCCAUUAAACGGGUCAGGAAGAAAGAUGAUCAGAAACUUGAAUCAGAUAUUAAAUAUCAAGUCAACGAUUGGGUUGAUACUUUACCAGUUACCAUACGAAAUGACGACGAGAAGAAAGACUUAGACACCAAGACAGGCGCUCUAAUCGCCACCUUGAAGGAAAUGGUACAAAGAGGAAAUGCUGACGAAAUGAAAGAAGCCGCUAAAGCUUACAUGUAUGACAUACCGAUAGAGAAUGAACUCAAAAGCAAUGAUGCCUUUAUGGACGAGAAAGCCGCAGAGCUUGUCGAAAAUAUCACUUCAUUACCCAAAAAGAGAGGUAAAGACCGGCAGUAUGGCAUGAGCUUCAACGGACUUACUGAUUUUGUUGACAACUGGAUCGUCAAUAUACAUAUUGACGAUGAAACGAAAAGUGAAGCGGAGAUUGAAAAAAUGAAAAAAGAUAUAGCAUAUGAAUUGAUACACAAAAUCGGAGAAAUGAAUGUUGAUCCUGAAAUAUUUAAUGAUGAGGCUAUGUAUGAAGACGUUUUAAGGGAUGAAUUGAAUGGUUUACUAGAAGAUUUAUCCAUAUCAGAUCAAAACUUAGGUGAUUUGAAAGAAGACCUUAUAGACAAAGUUAAAGAAGCACAGCACCGAGCUAAAGACGAAGUUAUUGGACAGAAUUACAAACGUAACUUGCGAAAUAAUAUUUCGUCAAUUUUACCUGAUCCACGAACUGCUACAGCUGAAGAACAAGCAACUAUGGAAGUUUUAAAAGAUCAACUUGCUGACGCAUUCAUAAACCUACACUUUUCCGGAAAUGAUGAAGAGUUAAAAGGUAAAUUAAAAAACAAAAUAUCCAGUGAGAUCAACAAGUUUUGUAACGACUACUUGCAGAGCCAUCCAGGAGAAUCAAUUGACAGUAACAAAUUACAACGCGACUUGUUUAAUGCUUUAGUACAAGUGCCUUUACCGCCUGAGGACUCAAUGAAAUAUGAAGUGGAACAAGUUAGAAUAAGAGACGAAAUUAAUGAGUGGGUAAAAGGAUUACCCUUAGAACCCCAAACUCCACAAGCUGUACUAACUCGAAACAAAAUGAUUUACGUACUGUCAAAAAAACUAUUUGACAUUGAAAUUGAAAUUACUGAUUCGCAAGCCAUUCCAGCUAUGCGAAAAGAAAUACAGAGGUUCCUAAAAAAACUUCCUCUAAGACCUGGAGAAGAUCAAAAUAUUGAAACAUUCUGUAACGAUCUGAUUGCAAGACUUAAGUCUUCGGAAAUCUCAAGAAAGUAUAGCGAGUCUUCAUACAUAGCUUUUGAUGAGUACGGUAGACCAUGCAUGGGUGGUAGGCCUAGCACCGCUGGCAGCCGGCCGUGCCCAGCAGGCCGUCCUUGCACAAUUAGCCGACCCAGCACAGCAGGCCGCCCAUGUCCGGCUCGUGCAGGUAUGGCCGGCCGCCCCAGUCUUAGGGGCGCUCCAAUGGCGGGAAUGGCGGGCACAGACAAUAUGUGCCCUUAUUACAGGAACUUACUAGAGAAACAACAAUCCACUCCCCCCCCGAAACCACCUUGCUACGGCCAAACUAGUACCCCAUACCCUCCUUGUACGUUAAACUCUGAAGAUGUCGCACAUUUAGAAAGAAUUAGAGAACGGUCAUGUUUAGCACCGAAAUGCUUAUCGUCAUUUGUAAGACCAAAACGUAGUACAGGCGUGGGACCGCGCCCUAUUGAUGCUGGUAGUCAAACAGUGCUUAACCCUGUAUCUUCACAGAAAGCAAAUCAGCCGAGUCCAUAUUGCCCAAGUAGUCUAAGAGAUCCCACAAGAACUUGCCCCGGCAUGCCCGCGAGUACGUCCAACCAAUCUUCGUAUCAAGACAGAAGAACAACGCUCACCGGCACACCUAUAGAAACUGAUAGUCGAGGCGAAGUGCAGCCAAAUAUCAUGGUAAACGAAUACUACUGGGAUACACCCCAGGCUCCUCCCAAGGGACCAGAACCUGUAUCACAGCGGCCUAGCAGGGCUCAGGCACAGCCCUCCUUCCCGCAGAACAUGCCUUGUGACGACGUGUGCCCGAGUCCCGCCAUGAAGUCCCAACGCUGCCCUCACUGCGCCCAACAGAAAUACUACCAGAUGCCUCAAGACAAGUCCUCUCAUGGGUCCUUGCCCUGCUCUCGACCGACGUGGAAACCCUGGACGCCUAGCAUCAAUCCAAUAUCACCUCCGUGCCAGUCAACUCCACUUAGCUCUCCAGGAAUGUCAUUCCGAUACAAUAACGAAAACAGAGUGCCCAGACGAGACGGGCUUCAGGACCAAACAUCGUGCAGCAGACCUUAUAGGAAGGAGCGAGUGAUAGAGUUAGGCUCUUUAGAUGACUUAAGUCGACCGAGACCGAAAAAACGGAACGAUAACAAUUUUGAUUGGAGCUACGCGAAGUUUUCAGACGACGAUAACUUCUGGGGAACACCGUGUAUGAGGCGAGUCAUUCUGGAUGAAGGGAUUGAUGAACCGAUUCUAAUGGAGAGGGAGAAGAGAGAAGAACGAGUGAGAUGUAACUGCAAAGAGAGACUGGUCCCUAAAUGUGACCCUCGGGGUCCGACCAGGAGCUACAAUCAACCACCGCACCAGAGCCGCAAUGAAGAGUCCAAUACUCUAAAGAGAUGUUCUAAGUGUUGUGGCAUCCACUGCCCGUAUCCCAGCUAUUUGUAUUUUCGACAGUAAUUAUGUGAAAGUGUUGUGUCGUCCCAUAAAUGUUGUGCUGUUGUAUUUGAAAUUAAAAUUCUAAGAUCACUA